UAUGAGAAGUCCAUCAGUAAGACUGUCUAUGUAGGAGGAGAUUUGAAUAUCAGCUGUAAAUACCCAGAAUCCCUCAGGAGUGACCCCAAGUUUCUCUGCAAGAGGCUUCUAACUGCUGCUUGUUCUUAUAAAGCAUCUGUUAAAGAAAGUAGAAAAUAUGUAAAUGAGGGGAAAUUCUCCUUGUAUGAUGACGGAGAAACACAAAUGUUGACUGUGAGUAUUAGAAGUGUAACUGAGCAGGACUCUGGUGAAUACUGGUGUGGAGCUGAAGUAGACUGGAAAUCUGAUCAUGGAUACAGGGUUUAUUUCACACAGAUCGACCUGACAGUUACUGGAUUUCCAGCUUUCACUGUGAUCACUGUGUCUGUAAUUCUGCUGCUGCUUCUGACUGGAGUCAUAUUCCUCAUUGUGAUUCUACAUAAGAGACGCAGGACACAAAGCCCAGGAAUAAUGACACCAACUUACAGAGAGGCAAAUGAAAAUGAUUAUGAAAAUGACCCAAAUGUGCUUCAUUUCCAGUCAAGACAAAUGACCAACCAAUCAGAUUCAGUCUACCAAAGUCUGAACUCCAACACCAACCAAUCAGAUUCAGUCUACCAAAGUCUGAACCCCAACACCAACCAAUCAGAUUCAGUCUACCAAAGUCUGAACCCCAACACCAACCAAUCAGAUUCAGUCUACCAAAGUCUGAACCCCAACACCAACCAAUCAGAUUCAGUCUACCAAAGUCUGAACCCCAACAACAACCAAUCAGAUUCAGUCUACCAAAGUCUGAACCCCACCACCAACCAAUCAGAUUCAGUCUACCAAAGUCUGAAUCCCAACACCAACCAAUCAGAUUCGGUCUACCAAAGUCUGAACCCCAACACCAACCAAUCAGAUUCGGUCUAACAAAGUCUCAAGUGUUAAACGGGCCAGUUGGACACAGUUGGAGUCAGAAAUUGUCCUCUAACCAAUGAGAUUGUUGCUGCCAGAUUCUCUAUUAAACUGGACUGGCCUCUCAUUUGAAAAUUAUUCCAGUUUCAAACUAAAUUGUGGAAUAACCUGUCAAGAUCAGAUAAUGUAAAUUAAUAGUUUUUCAAAAAGCCAGUUUAUCGCUGUUCAGAAGUUUGCUAUAUGCUUGGAAACCAGCACAUGGAAGUGCUGAGAGCCUUCAUCCUCAUCCUGAAAUGUGGUCAAAUAAAGUGUAUAAAAGAUGCCAUUUCAUAUGUUAGAUAUCAUGUGUUCUGUGAUUACUUGAUGCUGAAAGUUUGUGCUUCUAGGUUUGUUUUACAAUUCUCUGUCUUUCUUAUUUUCACUUUGAUUAUUAAACAUUUAAUUAAUCCUAAAGGGGAGUGUAGAAUAUUAUGUAUUUUAAACUCCACUCAAUGCUUCCUGUGUGUUGUACGUUUACUCCUUUACAUUUUGAGUACUGCAUUGACAAUGGACUGUGGUUGCUAUGCGUUACUUGGUAGGUUCUAUUUUCUAGACUUAGGUCACUUUGAGUUUCCAGCCACAGAGUGUUUGUAAGAAAGGGAGUCAAAGGUUACAGGUGUUUUGGAUGAUGAGACCAUGAAGUUGUCACAUGAAUAAAUGAAUAAAUUCUGUUUCCAUCCCUCCACUUUUGUGGCUGCCUGCAUCUCUUUAUGAAGAAAAAAAUACACUAUGAAAUUCUGUGCUUCAGGUCUUUCUCCUGGUCAAAAUAACACACUUCCAAAAACUUGACAAAUGAAACAAAAGCAGCAGCAGCUGGAAUGGGAAAUGUUAUGUGAUCAUGGACUUUGUAAUGUUGUAAUUCUGUUCUUAUUCCCUUCACAUUAAGAACAAAAAGCAGUUAGACAGAUUCAGGGAUAUUUCUGGAGGAUAUAAGAACAUAUUCUGAU